AUGUUAGACAACCUUCCAUCGCAUAUUCGUCUACGCGUCUAUCAGCUAAUCGAACCGAAGGACCUAAAAUCGCUUCGCGCUGUUCAACGUCGUGAUUACGAUUUCAUUACCAGUAAUCGUAAUUGUCUACGAAAAACACCGGUGUUGCUGCGCGUACGAGCCGAAGAACACGGAUUCAUCAUCGAUGUUUAUAAAGCCCAAUUUUCGUUAGACAAACCCAGACGAUUCGCCAUAAUUUCGUCCGAAUUGGACGAGUUUUAUCGCUUCAAGGAACUCACUGUAAAGGGAUUGAUACUCGAAAGUGCUCCUGAUGGGGAUACACCGCUACUUUUUCACGCGGCGCGCUUACUGCCACUCGAUACCGAAUGUUCACUGACUUUCAAAUCACUAUGCUUCUCUGAUUCCGACAUUACUCAAGUAUUAAUCAUGCUGACUCAGAUUCGAUCAAUACCUCUUUUGAAGCUCAAGGAGUGUGUCUUUCCGGCUGAUUCUGUGGCUCGUUUCUUUCUUCAGUCUCAGAUCACUUCACGUUCUUUCCGAAUUGAAGACGAUCAAAGCUUUACAAAGGGCAGCGAAGGUACAUCAAACGAUAUUGGUGACGAGUUGCUGAGCGUAUUUCUAUCGUCGGAUUGUGAUGCUAUCAGCCUUUCCACCGUUGAAGAAGUAUCCUUCCGUGGAUUAACGAAUUUCAUCCGGGAAUGGCGUCGCAGUCCUCGACAAUUUUCGCAAGCUUCGUUCGUACGAUCACAAAGAUUCGACAAUGACUCACAUUUCGACCUCGUUCCGUCGACGAUCUAUCCGUUGUGCAAAUCGGAUCUCGUACUGCGAGCUGAACUCGAGAGGCGGCACGAAGUGCGUCUAGUCGCUGAGCGGCUUAGGAACUACGUCUGA